CCUAUUCUCUGCAAUGCAGCAAUCAAGGGAAACAUAUCAAUGUGCCAACUACUUCUUGCCAAUGAUGCCAAUGUUGACCAAGAAGACAAAUACGGGAGAACGACAUUGUGGUAUGCGAUAGAACGAGGCCAACGAGAAAUUGCCAAUAUUUUGAUCGAAAAUGGCGCAAGGCCAUGCCUAAAGGACGGAUCAGGUGUGUCUGCUUUUGUAUCGGCUCAGAAGCAUGAACACACCGAUGUUUGGAAAGGCCUUACUUACUACGGUGAUAUCGAAGCUACCUACUCUGUCAACAAUACUACUCUUCGCCGGGCCGUCGACAAAGAUGACAAGUACGCGGUGAAUAUACUUUUACAUUGUGGUGCCAAUCCGAAUGCAAAGGACAGAAAGGGGAAAACACCGCUGCAUCUUGUCGUAGAGGGGGGGUAUGGAUCAGUCAUUCGAAUCUUGAUAGAGAGCGGCGCAGAUUGCCAUUCUAAGGGUAUUCUUCGACGAACGCCAUUGAAACAAGCGUCCGCAGCCGGGGACACUAUGCUUGCUACGGUUUUAUCUGAUCGUAACUGCAAAACUACGUCUGGACUCUUAUGAAGCUGGUUUUGACUGACUGCCGAUUAUAUACAUACACUGUGUACUUUGAGGGCUACUUUCUUACGAUACAGCAUCUUUAGC